AUGGAGGUGCACACUAAACCGCCCCGGCUCGGGACGAUGGACGUCGAGGUCCAUUCGCCAGCAGGUAGCCAUGAGGGAGGGAGACAGGCAGGAACGGUGCUUGAUGAUACCGAUAUGCAUCGCAUGGGAAAGGUCCAGGAACUGAAGGGCACCGACAUCCGGCGGACAGUACCACUGGGUCUCCGAGUUCGCAUCGCCGCGAUACCAGAAAUUCCUCAGCUACCUUACAGGUACCUGGCUUCUGCCAUCUUUUUCCCCAAUUAUGCAGUCCCAGUUCCAACUGACCAUGCCGCCCAACCAGGCUGGAUGUCCGUCCUCGCCUGGCAAGCCGGUUCUGCAUCGGGCUCCUUCCUCACGGGUACGAUCAUCCAGGGCCUGAUCACGAUCCGCAAUCCGGACUACAGCCCUGAAAGCUGGCACGGAACGCUGUUCGUAUUUGCAAUGAUCUUUGUCAUCUACGUCUUCAAUGUCUACGCCUCUGACGCCAUGCCCGUGCUUAAUAACCUCCUCAUGAUAUUCCACGUGCUAUCGUGGUGCGUUAUACUCAUCGUGCUCUGGGCCAUGGCGCCCCAUCGGACCGCCAAGUCAGUGUUCACAGAAUGGUCAACCCAGGGAGGUUGGAACAGUAUAGGACUGAGUGUCAUGAUCGGGCAGAUCAGUGCUAUCUACGGCUCACUGAGUUCCGACGCAACAGCCCACAUGUCUGAAGAAGUCAGCAAUGCCGGCCGCAAUGUCCCUCUCGCCAUAGCCUGGGGCUACUUCACCAAUGGCAUCAUGGCCAUCGUCCUGCUGAUAGCAUAUCUCUUUUCAAUCCCCUCUGUCGAGGACGCACUUUCUGACGAAACGGGGUUCCCGUUUCUUUAUGUAUUCAGAAAUGCCGUCUCCACGGCGGGCGUCAAUGGGCUGACAUCGAUCAUCUUGAUCCCGGUGAUCUUCAGCAACAUCUUCUUCAACGCCUCGACGUCCCGUCAGACCUUUGCUUUCGCGCGAGACAGGGGUCUCCCAUUCGCAGACUGGAUUGCGCACGUUGAUAAGCGGCGCAAGAUCCCCGUGAAUGCGAUUUUCCUCUCCUGUCUUAUCAGCUGCUUAUUAUCGCUUAUCAAUAUUGGCUCUGAAACGGCGUUCAACGCCAUUAUCUCGCUCAAUGUCGCGGCCUUGAUGUACAGCUACAUCAUCUCGAUCAGCUGCGUCAUCUACAGGAAGCUAAAAUGCCCCGAGACCCUGCCGGCUCGACGAUGGGAUAUGGGCUCUUGGGGGUUACCGGUCAACAUAAUCGGACUGGUCUAUUCGUGUUUUGCGCUCUUCUGGAGUCUCUGGCCUGGUCAGAAGCAUGUCACGGCCGAGACCUUCAACUGGAGUGUUGUGAUAUUCGGCGGUGUUUUCGUCAUUAGUCUGGUCUUGGGAACGGACGCAACCGCAUCAAUACAGUGGUCAUUUACAAACAACCGGCAAUCGGAACCAUUUCAGCCUGCUGGCAAUGGUAAGACACAACCCAUAACGUCUGGUUAUGGAGGUGUCUUUCGAAAAAGUCCGAUGAAUUGUGCCCCCGAUUAGCUUGUUCUGUCCAGGAAACACCUUCUCGGCAGUAUUCAUAAAGGUUGU